AUGAAAGCUCUCUCAGGGAAGGUGGUUUACAUGAAGAGGAGAGACCAUUGUUCGAUUAAUCCUGUGAACAUUAAGUCUGUGGAGGAGAAUACAAGUGAGGGUACGCAUAGUGAGCACCCUGCACAGUGCCAUGGUGAAGGGGUUUCUACAGGUGAAGUGGAAAAGAGCCAGGAGGUAGAUGGGUUUGGUACCUGGAUGACGAUACAGAAGAGGAAUAAUAAGAGGCCAGCUACACCAAACAAAGCUAAGGAGCAUAGCUUGGGUAAAGGAAAAGCUGGAAGUGAGCAGAAUGGGCAGGGACAGAAGUCUAAGGUUUCGGGUUCCAGAUUUGAAUCCCUUGGAGAUGAGGAGGAGAAGGAGACCCUUCAGCCUAGAAGGAGUGGAAAUGUCUCAGCUGAGGCUAGUCAAUUAAAAAGGAUUCCAGAGAACAGAAAGAAUAAAGCCACUGCUGAUAGAACUAAUCCAAAACAGGUACAUGUAGUCACUGAAAAGACCCCAAAGAAACAGAUGAUCCAGCCAUCUAUGUCACUAGACUCUGCCAUGGUGCACGCUCAAAGGAGCUCAGGUAGGGAGGCUAUCCUGAAUAAAAUUCAAGUUCUUGCUUUGCUUGGGACUAGAAUCAGUGGGAAGAGAGCUGAUAAUAUUACUAGGAGAUUGGGUUUUGAUAGCUGUUUCAGGAGAGAAGCAGUUGGUUUUUCAGGGGGCAUCUGGCUUCUUUGGAAUAAAAGUGCUACUUGUGUUAGCAUUUUAGAGGAUAACCAUCAAUUUGUUCACACCAAGUUGAGUUGGCCAGGUGUUGGGCAGGAGGAACACUUCACCUUUAUUUAUGGUAGCUCCAGGAGGAUGGAAAGAAAGGAGCUAUGGGAUAGUUUGAGGAGAAUCAGCAAUGGGGGAGUGAAUAGAUGGGCUGUCAUGGGGGAUUUUAACGUGUUACUGGAAGAAGGGGAGAAGCAGGGAGGAUCAGGGUUGUGUUGGGAGAGUACUGAUGAAUUUGCCUCUUGCCUGAGUGACUGUAAUCUUUUUGAUUUGGGCUUUGCUGGCCCUAAAUAUACUUGGAAAAGGGGCUGUCUCCAAGAAAGAAUUGACAGAUUAGUGGUUAAUGAAGCUUGGCAUCUGGGGUUUCCUAACAGGUCCAUCACUCACCUUUUGUUUAAUGGGUCGGAUCAUAGGCCCAUUAUCCAUAAGGAUACCUCCUCUGUUGAUCAAAACAAGGAUCUAAAACCUUUUCGUUUUCUGGCUGCAUGGCUGACUAAUGAUAGCUUUGGAGAUGUGGUGAAGGGGUGUUGGCAGCAUAAUUCUGAGUGGAUACCAGCAAAAUCUAAGUUCCAUCAGGAUGCAACAACUUGGCACCAUAAUAGCUUCAGGGGAAGGCAGAAUAAGAAAUAUCAAAUCCAACGAAGACUGAGGGGAAUUGAGCUCCAUCUUAGCAGGGGCCCUGAUGAGGCUCUGGAGAGAUUACACAAAGACUUAUGCAAUUGGUUGGCUUUCGGAGAUAGGAACUCAAGGUUCUUCCACUCAGCUACCAUUGCCCGAACAAGAAGAAAUAAAGUAACAACAUUGAGAAAUGAUGAAGGAGUCUGGGUGGAGGAGCCAGAGGAGCUCAAGCUUUUGGCUAUGAAUUACUUCAAGAAUCUGUAUGUGGAGGAGGUUCAUAACUUACCCAAACUUUGUAUUGGAGGCUUAUUCCCUCCCUUAGAUUAUAACACUUGGAGAAAUUUCGAAGCUGCCCCAACUUCAGCUGAAAUCAGAAGCACCAUUUUUGGGAUGCACCCUUUUAAAGCCCCUGGAGUAGAUGGGCUACAUGCUGUAUUCUUUCAGUCCCAAUGGGAUAUUAUGGGAAACUCAGUCUGCAACACCAUUAAAGAUAUCUUUAAGGACCCGAAGAGAGUUGCUGGAAUUAACCAAACCUUAAUUUGUCUGAUUCCCAAAGUAGAGAACCCUGAAGCUAUAAGUCAAUUCUGA